GGACUUGAUUUGCUGGCGGGAUGACAAGAGUUACAAACUUCGGACGAAAGCGGACGUAUGUCGAGGCUGGCUUCAAUGGAGGUGGGCCAGAAGCAGCUGCGUCCGACACAGACAAAACCAGUGCAGAUAUUGUUGCCGUUCACGAAAGCACGAACAUUGACGGAUCCCCGGCGGCUGAAGGGCCCGCAUCUCCUCCCAACAAGAAACGCAAGAGAUCAAAGCAGUCGAAAAAGAAUGGAGAUAACCUAAAGUCCAAGAGCGACGAUUCUAAGAAGUCACUGGCACAGGCUGACGAUCGUGAGGACAGUGGGCAACCAGAUGCACGCGAAGAAAUUUUAGCUACAACUUCGGCUGAAGGCAAUAAAUUGCAAAAAAGGGCUGAGCAAAAACACUCUAAAAAGAAGCGGGACGCCGCUCGUGGAUCAGAGAGCAGACGUCAAAAACGAAUAUCAGAACGUCAAGCUGAUACAAUAUGUUUUGCAUGUCGCAAGAAAGGGCAUGCAGCCAGGGAUUGCCCUACAGCAACUGAAGGCAGAAAAAACAACAAGAUAGUCGGAAUAUGUUACCGGUGUGGAUCGUCGAGGCACAAUCUUGCUCGGUGUAAAAAGCCAGAGGACCCGCUAAAUCCUCUCCCUUUUGCUUCUUGCUUCGUAUGCUCAGGAAAAGGACAUCUGGCUUCCUCAUGCCCAAAGAACAAAGAGAGAGGGAUCUAUCCAGAUGGUGGAUGUUGCAAGCUCUGCGGCGAUACCACACACUUAGCAAAGAACUGUGGUCUUAGAAAAGAGGGAACCUCAAACAACAAUGCAGCAUUCCUCGGAAUUGGGCAUGAUGCAGGGGCUGAUGAGGAUGAUUUCCAUAUGUUCAAGAGGCGAGCUGGUGAAACUGAUGCGGAGGAGAUGAGUAAGGAAGGAGUCAAGCGUCGCGCUAAUAUCAGAAUGGGGCAACGUUCCGGAGUGGUGAAAGCAUUUGGUGAAAAACCGUUGACAACCUCGAAGAAAGUAGUAUUCUUCUGAUUAUCUUCAGUCGAAAUAUUGACAGAUCAAAUGCGAGUUAUGGCCUCUUCAGCUACUCGCCAGUUACUCGCACCAAAAAAGCUCUUUCCUCUACUGGCGGAGCUAGACUCACCUCUUACUACUGUUUUUCUGGAAAUAGCCUUCGUUGCUGUUCCGUAGAUGCUGUUAUGUGUAUACCUGCACCAUGUUGUCCAUCACAGCCUCUAAAGUAGAGGCACAGCGGAAACGAUUACGAGGAACUGGAUACUGCGAUCUGACAUUGAACAGACGACUUGAAAAAAA